GUCAGUCUGUCGGAGUCUGUCCUCGGAGAAGGAGGAGUGAAGGGACUUCGGAGAGCCAGCUGCCUCGUUGAUUUCUUUCCCCUCCCUCUCUCCCGCCCCAAGUCUCUCUUCACCCGUCUCCCGCUCUUGCUCGCGCAGCCAUGGCGGAGCCGUCGGCGGCCACCCAGUCCCCGUCCGUCUCCUCGUCGUCCUCCGGGGCCGAGCCCUCCGCGCCCGGCGGCAGCGGCAGCCAGGGAGCCUGCCCCGCCCUGGGGACGAAGAGCUGCAGCUCCUCCUGUGCGGUGCACGAUCUGAUUUUCUGGCGAGACGUGAAGAAGACUGGGUUUGUCUUUGGCACCACGCUGAUCCUGCUGCUUUCCCUGGCAGCUUUCAGUGUCAUCAGUGUGGUUUCCUACCUCAUCCUGGCUCUUCUCUCUGUCACCAUCAGCUUCAGGGUCUACAAGUCUGUCAUCCAGGCUGUACAGAAGUCAGAAGAAGGCCAUCCAUUCAAAGCCUACCUGGAUGUAGACAUUACUCUGUCCUCAGAAGCUUUCCAUAAUUACGUGAAUGCUGCCAUGGUGCACAUCAACAGGGCCCUGAAACUCAUUAUUCGUCUCUUUCUGGUGGAAGAUCUGGUGGACUCCUUGAAGCUGGCCGUCUUCAUGUGGCUGAUGACCUAUGUUGGUGCCGUCUUCAAUGGAAUCACCCUUCUGAUUCUUGCCGAACUGCUCAUUUUCAGUGUUCCAGUUGUCUAUGAGAAGUACAAGACCCAGAUUGAUCACUACGUUGGCAUUGCCCGCGAUCAGACCAAGUCGAUUGUUGAAAAGAUCCAAGCAAAACUACCUGGAGUCGCCAAAAAGAAGGCAGAAUGAGUACAUGGAAACCAGAAAUGCACCCAUUACUAAAACACCAUCUAAUAGUGAUAACGUUGUUACUUGUACUAUGAAGGAGCGUGCUCAGUGUC